AUGGCGACGGCAAAGAUUUUGGGUUUAAGAUGCCCAGUCUUGCCACAUGUGAUUAUGGGAAUGCGGGUGGGUUGGACGAGGGGACGAGGAGAGGUGGUGAAGCGUGGUCGGAUGGGAAUGGGUUUGGGUAGUGAUAAUUUGGUGGGCGGAGGUCUUGUGGGAUUGGUGGGUGGCGGAGGGUCAGGGGAGGGAGUGGGGUUUCUGGUAUGCUGGGGAGCAGUAAGGCGAGUGGCGAAGAGGCUGAGGAAUGAGGAGAUGGGAUGGGCUAAUCGGGAGAAGCAUAUGGGGAAUUGGGCUGAGGCCCAGGGGAAGGUAAUGGUGGCGGGGGAGGUAGAAUGGGACUAG